UCUUCCUCUUCCUCUUGGAUGCCUUCUCCUUUUCUAGCCCAUUUCUGAGGUUCCUCUGCUACGCGCAUUUCUUGGCUCUUGACUUCUCUCUUCUUGGAACUGUAUCUAGCAUUUAGUUUAGUUUAGUUUGCUCCUCGUCCUCGGUGUUUGCGAAAGCGUUUUUCACAAGCUUGCCAUCUCUUGCUGUGGUAUAGUAGUAGGUAUCACUCCUAGCUAGGAGUACUUUUUAACUGUAUAACCACAUUUACUGCCACCUGCUGCAUUUCUUAAGUCUUUUUGAGCCGACACCGCUCUCUCCUGCAUUACUCUAUUCAUUCUGGAUGAAGAGGAUUUUACUACUAGCAACAAAUUUCAGUUCAGUUUGAUUUAAAGAGAACGGUGCAUUGGUGAUGAUCACAUCGCAUCGCCCCCUUUCGUCAGUUCCUGCUUCUUAUUCCUUCCUCUAAAGCUGCAUCCAUCCGUCUCAUCUUUUUCUUUUCCGCUUUUGCUCUUUCCCCUUUGAUCGGUUUCGAUGCCGCCACACUCCUGAUCUUGACCGCAUCACUCACCACCAGCGACAUUGUGCUGCCAUUGCUCUCUCUGUCUCUGUCUCACUCUCGCCCUUGCUCUCGCCUUGCUGGGAAGCAGAGGAACUUCCGAGGCUGCAAUGCCGGGACGCGGCGGGGAGGAGGGCGCUGCGGUGAGGCUGGCCAGGAUCCGCAAGCGCCGCGCGCUCUCGUCCUCCGACUCCUCCAACGCGGCGAGGAGGCUCCGCUCCAGGAGGCCCGCGGUGCUGCUGAUACGUAGGCGGAGGGAAGGAGGCGCGGCCAUGUCGGACUCGUCGUCCCGGAGCCGGCAUUGCCGUCGCCACGUCGCCGACGGCGCGUCGGCGAGGAGGCUCGUCACCGCCUUCUGGCAGUCGGACAAGGACAGGCUGUUCGGGGAGGAGCACCAUGCCCUGGUCAUGGACAAGGACGCGGCGGCGCGCCGGAGCCUCGUUCCUAAGAGCAACGCCUCCACGGAGGCUUCCAAGAGUUCGAGAAGCAGGACCAAAAUCAAAAUGUUUGAGGAGGCUGGUGGCCGGAAGGGGAGCUGCCACAACGGCCAUGGACAGUGGCCUUCAGCAGAUGUCAUGAGCAACUGCAGCGCAAUGGAGAUUGGCACACACCCUCAAGAUGAUGAAGAGAAAGCAAUCCAGCUGAAGGAUCUGUAUAACAGCUUGAUUGCGUCCAAGGAGCUCGCCAAAGUGCUAGCACACAUCUGGGGAGAAGUGAACCCAUCAACCGUCUCACUCGUCUCUGCGCUGCGCUCCGAGCUCGAUCUUGCGCGCGCCCACGUGCGAAGGCUCAUCAAGGAGCAGAAAUCAGAGCGCGGCGAAAUCGACGGCCUGAAGAAGGAGCUCGUGGAGGAAAUGGAGGCCUGGAAGGCCAAGCAGAAGGAGAAGGCCGCGACCGCCCUGCAGUACAUCGUCACGGAGCUGGACAAGGAGAAGAAGUCGAGGAGAAGAGCAGAGAGGGCGAAGGAGAAGCUCGGUGCGGCAUUGGCCGACGCCGAGUCCUCGCUACGCGCGGCCAACAAAGAGCUGGAGAGGGAAAGGAAGUCCAGAGGGAGGGUGGAGAAGAUGUGCGGCGAGCUCGUGAGAGGCAUCGGCGAGGACAGGGCCGAGGUGGAGGCGCUGAAGAGAGAAGCCGAGGACGCGCAACGGGAGCUUGAGAAAGAGCGGGAGAUGCUCCAUCUGGCGGACGAGUGGCGCGAGCAACGGGUCCAGAUGAAGCUGCUGGAGGCGCGGCUUCAGUUCGAGGAGAAGAACUCGGCGCUCAAUCAGCUGCACGACGAGCUGCAGGCUUAUCUUCUGGAUGCAAAGAAGGGCCAGGAGCCUGCGACAACCGAUCAGAUGCGAUCAACCCAUGCGUCUGAGAAUGGAGGCGCUGCGUCUGGCCCUGUUCCAGCUCCGGACAACGCCGGUGACGGAGGAUUCAGUGAGGAUUGCGACUCGGAAGGGAGCGACAUGCACUCGAUCGAACUGAAUGUCGACGGCAACGGCAAUUUGCAUACCUGGAGCUACACUCCUUCGUCGAGGCGCGACCGGAGAGUGGGUGCGUCGACACGGAUGGAUGAUGCCGGCUCGCGCUGCGGCGUCGACCGGAAAACGUUCCGGGAGACGGAUGAUGCGCUGGAGGGGGACUGGGCAGAAGGGUGCAGCAACGGAAUGCUCAACUUUGAUCAUGACGAGGAGAGGUACCAGGCGAUCAAGGAUCUCAGGGAGCAGAUGCUGGCUGGAUCUGGGCUCCUCAUGUCACAGGGUAGAGAAACUGCUCAAAGUCACUACUGUAUCUUGUGAUGUAAAUUAAACCUGGCCGAUUACUCAAGUCUACCGACCAAUCACUGCUGAUGUUAGUUA